AUGGCUGUCACCCAAGUAAUACUGGUUCUCUUCUGUGGAGAAAUCUGGAAUUCACUUUCUACAGUAAUACCUCAAAACAUUUCCAUCAGUAAAAGAAACGCACACACCAGCAGCAGGAGCCCAACAGAAGACAAAGCUCCUCUGUACCAGUUGCAAGCAAUUGGACUUAGUUUACACAGAUCUGGAAGAGCCCUGAAUGUUCCGCCACCAGCUCCAUCCCCCAAAGCAAAUGUGGAACCUAGUGAUGGAGGCUGGAUAGCAGCAGUGAUCAUUGGCAUCAUUUUGAUUAGCAUGAUAUUGGCUAUUAUUAUAAUCCUUGUGUGGAAAUGCUGCAAGAAGCCAGUUCUGAUUGACUCAACCUGGGCAGGUCGUUCUCCAUUUGCAGAUGGAGACAUGCCAGAAGUCCUUGUGGACUCUGACCAGGCUACCAAACGUUCAUCAGUGUUAUUCAUGUUGCCUUGGAAAUCAAAACAAGACACACACUUAGAACACAACCCCAUUUCCUCAGAGAAACCACCUGCCAGCACUACCAGUAAUGAAACAAGCCAACUGCCUCCACCAGCUGAAGAUUGCUCUGUAGCCACGACUUCAGGUUCCCCCACGGAUCCAGCUCCAGCUCCUACCUCAGAAGCAGACAACUGUGCACCUGUCUCCUGUCCUCCCCCAGCACCUUCACCUGGAUCCUCAGACCUGCCACCUCCACUUGACUGGCUCAGGGAACCAGCUGAGGAUCUCAGUGCUAAUCUCAGCAAGAACCAGGAAUUCCACUUGGAAACUGAAGAACAAUUGCCCCCACCACCUGAGCCAUUUAUUCAAGAGAUCCACGAACUACUGCCCCAGCCACAAGACCCUUUGUAG